CUAUGUAUCUGUCUAUCAAUCUAUCGAUGCUGUCGGUCUCAGGAACUCUUCCUCUAUCGCUCUCCUUUCUGUAUCUCAUUCAUAUUUUAUCUUUUUGUUCAUCUCCAAACAUCUUUCCUCUCUGUCACUAAGAUCACUGGUUUCUCUCUCCUAACUUGUCUGUCUAUCUCUUUGCUUGUCUGUCUUUUUGUUUGUCUGCCUGCCUUGCCUGUCUGUCUGUAUAUCUCUCUUUCUCUCUCUCUCCUCUCUUUCUCUGUUCUUAUCUAUCUAUCUAUCUAUCUAUCUAUCUAUCUAUCUAUCUAUCUACCUAUCUAUCUAUAUCUAUCUAUCUAUCUAUCUAUCUAUCUAUCUAUCUAUCUAUCUAUCUAUCUAUCUAUCUAUCUAUAUAUCUAUCUAUCUGUCUGUCUAUCUGUAUACAUAUAUCUCUCUAUAUAUUUGUCUGUCUGUUUCUCUAUCUCUCUCUCUUUAUCUAUCUAUUUAUCUAUCUAUCUAUCUCUCUUCUAUCUAUCUAUCUAUCUAUGUGUUUGCCUGUCUACCUGUCUGAUCAGUCUAUUACAUCUACAGGAUGUACAACACAGCAUACGUUACAGCUCACCUGUGUCUGCUGCAGUUUUCGUUGAACGCGGCAAACAGCCGAGACUUGUGGUCACGACAGGAUGGAGCCUGACCACUCGAACAACAAAAGCAACAACAACAACAACAGCAGCAGCAGCAGCAGCAGCAGCAGCAGCAACAAAAACAUGUUGACAAGCUCAACUGAUCACCAGCACCACAAUCACAACAACAACAGCAGCAACAACAACAACAACUACAUCAGAGAGAAGAGUUCACACACAUCAACACUGCUAACAUUUUCAUCGUUGUUAAUUACCUCUUCCUCCACCUCAUCAUCCUUAUCAUCAUUUUUAUCAACAUAUUGCCCGACAUUGUCAUCCGUCUCACCUACGCCAUCAUCACUGUCACACUCAGCAUCGGCAGCAUCACCAUUAUCUUUACCAUCAUCAUCAUCAUCAUCAUCAUCAUCAUCGUUAUCGUCGCUAUCAGCAUCAUCGCAGUUCGUUAUUUCUCUUCGAUAACCAACCAGCCAGCCAACCAGCCAACCAGCCAUCCAGCCAACCAAACUGAGCAGUUAACGCUUCUGUGGUGGCGGCGGCACACAAGAGAGACAUUCAGACACAGGCAGACACAGGCAGACAUACACAACAAGCACAGACAGAACAACACUAUUUGCAAGGUAGUUGCCACGAGAGGAUUUUACUACUACUACUACUACAACUACUACUACUACUACUACUAAAGUUGGAGAUUUGGUUAUGAAAAUUUCAGAAGAUUCUUCUAAACGUGCCGCAAUGGCUCACCGUUCGACGAUAACCAAAGUGGUAUGGAUUUGUACUUGUUUCCACUCACCAGUUUAACAACCACGCCUACUGCAUCUUCACACCACUUCAACCAGCAAACCAGUAUCUUACGUCGCCAUUACUUACGUGAUAAUUUCUCUUCUGGAUGCAAGCAAAAUCAAAUCAAAUCGAAGGUUAUUAAGAAAAAAAAUCGAAAAAUUAUAACACACACACACACGCACACACACACAACACUGCUUCAUCAUAAAAUGCUAUAAACAGAUAAAUGAAAUAAAGACAUAGACAAAGAUAAAAACUAAAAAGCUAAACAUUUCAAGUUCGAAAAAUUGGAAGACUCGAUUUAGCAGACGACACGUAAAGAAUAAAAAAAAAAAAAAAAAAAAAAAAAAUCUGAAAGUGUUAACCUAUUUAAAAAGAAUAUGGAGAAUAUGUCUGAGACUACGAGGGAAAUUCAACAGACUUGGGAUAUAUUAAUGAAAAUUUCACCAGUGAAGCUAUGGAGGGAGCGAAUAUUCAGUUACAGUGUAGAAAAACAAGAGAGGCAUUCCUCUUAAUCUGCUUUUUCAGCUGUAUAACAAUUGCAAAACGGACGGUUGUAGCUAUAAUCGUUGCUAUAAUGCCAACGGAUUAUAAAUUCUUUUCUUUGUGAUCUUCAGUGGAAAUUUUGCCAAAAAUAAACUUUUAUUACACAUAUCAAACUAAGAAAGAAAAAAAGAACCUGAUUAAAAGAUCGAGGAUAACUUAAGAAAUAAUUUAGGAGACGGCUGUCCGGAAAAAAAAGUAUUUUAUAUCAGAGCAGCAAAUUAAUGUUUGGCAAUUGAAGAGAACAAGAGUUACUGGCAUUAUAUACAUUGGCUGUAGCUUUUGUCUAUGUCGUUAUAGCUGUAAAAACUCUAGCUAUUGUAGUUACAUACAGGAGUAAGUGUAAUAUCUACAUGCAACUAAUCUAUAAUUUUAUCUGUGUUCUCUGUUUGAUCAGAUAUUUUUCCAUCGUAGAAGAUCAGUGAAUGCAAUUAUUGCAAAGUGUUACAUUUUUAAUAAACGUGAAUCUUAACGCAUCCUCGCUGCUGUGGUCAAAGUAAACAUUUGCAACAGCGGAACUGUUUAUAGAUGAAAAUGGAUCCGUUGUAUACAGCGGACAUGACGGUGAUGCCGUUCACCUGCGAGGACUGCAAUACUGUAUUUAUGAACAGAGAUGCAUACGCUAUGCAUGUGAUGAUACGUGCUAAAGAAAAAUCGUGCCGAUCCGAAUCACGUGUUGCAGUCACCGGAAGCAAUAGUGGGAAUGGUCGAGCAGAUAUUGAGUCCAACAUAGGCAACACAAACGACAUCAAAUCUUCCACACUUGCCCUUCAUUCCACAACGACGAAAGAAACGUUGAGUUUUGUCGACCAAGGUGAUAUGUCGAUAUCGGAAAUAGAGAAUUGCAUUAAAGAAGUCAAACAAGAAGUCUUGUCAAAUGAUGGCUCUAAUACAGGAAGUCCAGUUCCUCUUACACCAAAAUUAGUUGUCGUGAAAACCGAACCGGAAACUAACAACAGAGAUUGUUCUUUAAUGGAUCCGAUGAGUAACAAUGGUGUAAUAUCUCGAAGAUCUACCACUGACCACCAAAAUGUUAGCUGUACCGAUACCAGCAUUGUCAAAGAACAAUCCCCUUCUUUGAUGAAUUCCUCAACAAAUCUAAUCAGCUCACAUCACGUUAUCUGUUUGAUGUGUGAUUCUCAGUUUGCAGACCAAGAUUCAUUGGCCAUGCAUAUGAUGUCAUAUCAUGCAGAAAGUGCAUCAAGUAGCAGGUCACAACAUGCUUAUCACGAAUCAGCAAAUGACUGUUCACAUGCAUCAUCUAUUCAACAUUUCGAUUUUCCGUCACAUGCCCUCUAUCAGUCUACUCGCAGGAGCACCGCGCGGUUGCGAUGCGACGAAUGCGGUGCAGCGUUCGAAAACGAAGAUUUUCUAACUUUACACUUGAUAUCUCACAGACGUGGCGUUCAGGCGCUACAUAAUACUGCUAUAUUUAACGAUCCAUCCAGGAUUUAUAGUCAAAUGCUUGAGAGCAAACGGAAGCGUCAGCUUCAACAUGGAAGCGACACUGGAGAGACCCCAUGUCCGUUACCCAUAAAAAAGAAUUCCCUCCAUAUAGAACCUCGAUUGUCGGACUCAUAUCAUACUGUUUCGUUUGACAAGCAUUCCAAGAGCAGCUCUCUGAAAAAUUACUUAAGUAAAUAUAACACAGUCUAUAAAUCUCAUGUAUUUCAUAAUGAAUCCCCGAGUAGUGAAAAAUUAAAUAUGAUACAGAAGCAAGUUGGCACCUCUUCAAAUAAUUCACUACAAGAGAAACCGAAGUGUUGGAAGGAAGAUCAGUUACGAUACAUAUCUUCCUUCGGUGCUAAAGGUGUCAACAGAAGUCAAAGUGUGCCAAACGAUUUUAACUCUGAGAAUUCUAUAACAUCGCGACCUCAUUCCGUAGGUUUUAUCGAAAAGUCCGAUUACCAAAGUAAACCAACGUUUUUAAAGAAUUUCCACUAUUACGAUUCUUUAUACGACAGAAAUGUCCUUGCGAAGAACAAAGAAGCACAUAAAAAGCAUGGUAAAUUGUUUGACCAUCAAGACAAUAUAUACAGAGGCCGAAAUAUUGGCGAGGGAAAUAGCUCAAAAGAUAGGGCUUACUUGUUUUAUGACAGCUGGUCAAAGGAGAAGAGAACAGACAAAGCAAACUGUUCUACAGCAAUGUCUUCGAAAGCAGCCAUCCAUAAUUCGGUUCCGGUGAAUGAGUUAGAAAGCCAGCAAGGUAAACAAGAACAGUUUGUGAGUUCAUCUAACGGCAGUGAGUCAUCUUUUAGUAGUAGCUACUCUGAUAUUUUACACGAAUUGAAGAACAAAGCGGAACAGGUAGCCAUGUGCAAACACUGUGAUGUGAUAUUUCUUAACAGAAUACUUUAUCAUCUACACAUGGGAUUGCACAACGUUAACAAUCCUUGGCAGUGCAACAUUUGUGGCAAAGUCUGCAAUGACGUGCACAAUUUUACCACACACGCCAUACAUUUUUAAUGGUCAGGAAACGAGGGAAAUAUGAGCACCAAAUGAGGAAGUCUCUGCACGUUCUCUGUUGGUCUCUUAGAAUCCUAGAAAUGGCUGGCAAAUCUCCCUCAAAUAACACCCUACAAAAAGAAAAAGAAAAGUAUAUAUGAGCCCGUGAAGAGAACUCUUUUGGCCUGUUAGAAAUAGCAGAGAAAUCUUUCUCAAAUUUCACGCUACUGUACUUGCAACCAAAUAAGAAAGAAAAAGAAAAGGAAAAACAAAUGAGUCAUUAAAUGCGUUUCUACAUGGUCAUUCGACUUGUUACAAAUAGCAGCCAAAUCUCCACCUUACAUUAUUUAGAAAAAUAAAAUGAAGGGUGUACUGGAUAAUGUAAUGUCAGAUAAACUGAUAAACUAUAUCUGAAAAGAGUAGGUGGUCACGGUUGGACUGAAGUCUUUGGUUAUAAGUAUAUCUCAGCAGGGAUGACAUGGGGCUAAACAGCAAAGACUUAUUAGUUACACUGUCUGAACAUAAAAGACAGGAUGGUCAAAGCUUUGAGCAUUAGUUUGCUGAAGUCAGGGCUAACCUAGAACGAAACAAUAACCGGAAACAGUUUUGAAACAAAAGAGACGCAAGAUGAAGGGUGAAAAAUCACCCAUGUCUCCAUCCAUCUAUCCUGGACGCAGCAAAAUAUACGUAUCUCUCAUAGUACAGCAGUUCUAUGUAAUUCUACACAUGUAUAUUGAGGUUUUACUACUCCAUAGAACGAGACAUCGAUCUAUACAGAGACACACAAGUAACGCCUCUACGUGGUCACUCGAUCUGCUAGAAAUAGUAGCUAAGUCUCCUCCACAUUACACUCAACAGUCUUUUUUUUUUUUCAACAAAACAGAAAGGAUAUAUGGGACAAUGUCACGUCAGGAACGUUGUUGAUCAUAGCCCUGUUCUAUCAGAGCUGACCUGUAACAACUCUAACAACACUCGCAUCCCACGUUUAUAAGACCCAUAUAUAAACGUAUACACACACGAACAAAGCCAAAUGAGUGUAGAUAAAUGAACAAAUAUAUACAUACACACGUACGUUUAUUGACAUAUGUGAAUGUCAUAAAUUUACCUCUUGUUUAUACACACAUGUAUUAUAUAUUGAUAUAUAAAUAUAUAUAUGUAUAAAAUA